CUUAUCUAGAGAAAAAUAACAAAAAUUAAAAUUUGCAAUAAAGGAAGGAAGGAAGAAUAAUAUUAGAACAGUCUGAAAGAGUGUUAGAAAUUUAAAAUAGACAAUUAAAUUACCAGAAGAAGAAACCAGAGCAUUAUAAGAUAUCAAUUCCCACCGGGUUUGGCAUAUAAAAACUGAAACUCAGAACCCCCGGCCACGACACCGAGAAGCAAUAAGUAGAUAAAAAUCCCAAAUUAGUGAUUCCAAGGUUCUUGCAACUGAAUCAUACAAGUUGAAGAAGGAAGGAGGCGUGACUGUGAAUCCCAACCACCCAACAAAAGAUGUUAGAUGGAGAGGAAUACUCUUCCUCGGCAGCUGUUACAGCAGAGUGUUUCAGCAGCCUGAGCACCCUGUUAAAGAAGAAGAAUAAGGGAAUGAACAAAAAGAGGUUCAGUGAUGAACAAAUCAGAUCAUUAGAAACCAUGUUCGAGUACGAGUCCAAGCUUGAACCACGUCAAAAGCUGCAGCUGGCCAGAGAACUUGGAUUACAACCACGCCAAGUUGCAAUAUGGUUUCAGAAUAAGAGAGCUCGAUGGAAGUCAAAGCAGCUCGAGAGGGACUACGCCAUAUUACUAUCCAAUUACAACACUCUAGCCUCCCAGUUCGAAACCUUGAAGAAAGAGAAGCAGUCCUUACUUACACAGUUGCAGAAGCUGAAUGAUCUGGCAGGGAAAUCGCGGGAGGAGAGCCAGUGUUGCAGGGAAGCAUUAGCCAGCAUUGAUCAUGGAAAAAUAGAGAAGGGGCAUAGUACUGUCAAGUGUGAAUUUGAGGUGAAACCACCCAGUUUGUGUUUGUCCUUUGACAGAUCACAACAUGACGGAGUUGGUCUCUUUUGCGGGGAUGAUAGCAGCAUAAAGGCCGAGUACCUCGUGCAGCUGGAUGAAGAAUCUGAUGACCUUCUAAACAUGGCCGAUGGUUCUCCUGAAAAUUGGGGCAGUCUUGACUCCAAUGAUCUCUUAGACCAGUCAGCUAGUAGUAAUCAUGAGUGGUUUGAUUUCUGGUGUUGAAUUAAUGAAAGUUAAUCUCUGAAUGAAUGAUUAUAUAUAUAUGGACGAACUGUAUGUUUAGGUAGGGGGGUUGAAACAGGGAGGGCCAUGGGAUGAUGGAACGUCUCAGCAGCACAUCUAUGUAUGUAUAUACUAGAGUUUAAAGUAGGUAAUCUGCAUUUUGGUCGAUGCAGAAGCUAAAACCUUUUUAGUUCAUUGUAAUUUGAGGUGCUAUCUUUUACUUAAUGUUGCAUUGCAUAGUUCAGUUGAUACAUACAUACAUAUAUAUAUAUAAACAAAUUUCGCUUGAAAUACA